AAGCCUACAGAAUGUUGAGCCUGCUCAUCCUGACGACAGUGGCCGGCCUUGCUGCAGCCAGUCCCACUCGGACAUCGCCGCCAACCUUCUGUCACGGGCAGGACUGCCCUAGAUACUCUGUGGUCACGUCCACUGCAGAUUAUGAGGAGCGCCUGUAUGAGCCAGCUAAGUGGACCAGUGCCAGUAUCUCCGGUUCUGAGUACAGUUCUGCCGUGAGCGCGGGAUUCGGGAAACUCUUCCAGUAUAUCUCAGGGAACAACAAGGACCAGGCUAAGAUCCCCAUGACAGUACCCGUCCUGACGAAGGUUAAGCCGGGGCAGGGAUCCUCCACCGACUUCACCGUGUCGUUCUUCGUGCCGUUCGCGGACCAGACCAGCCCGCCCGAGCCUUCUGAUCCCACGGUGUUCACCAACCCUCUGCCACAGAUGACCGCUUAUGUCAGGUAUUUCAGUGGGUACGCUCAUGACGGCGACUGGGCCAAUAACGCAGCUGCCCUGGCCCAGAGUCUGGAUAACGCCACAGUCAGCUAUCACAAGGACUUCUACUACACAGCCGGGUACAACAGUCCCUUCCAACCUACAGACAGGCACAACGAAGUCUGGUUCAUCAAGGCAGUUUAAGACGACAACAGCUACUAUAAUAUUGUAUUAUCACUUGU